GGAUUUAUGAAACACUCCGUGCAUUAGACCAACGUAGCGACGGGGAGAGGUGGCACCGCGGUGUAAGCGUGGGGGUCGGGCUUGGAGAGAGAGAGAGAGAGAGAAAAACAUGUCAUCAAAUAUCCUGUGAGCUGCUUGACUUUCCACCAGCGGGCGAGACAAAGGACGAGGUCUGCUCAAUGUGACCGGAGAGGAAAGGCACGGAGUCUGCGAGCGGAGCCGACUUUAACACUUCAGAUUGACUGGAGUAUGAAACUUUCUACUUGCUGAAGAUAGCUACUGAUCUGCAUUACCUCCUGUGCCCCUACGCUGAAUUUGUUGAAGCAUCUGGAGCCUGCGUGUGGUAAUGAAUAGCCACUGAAUGUGAGCAUACAAUGGAACUCUAUUGGUACAUAAUAGUGAUCAUAUUUAUUAUCGUGAAAAUCUUCUUCUAUAUCUGCUGGUAUCGCUCACGGCAGAGACAGCUGGAUGCUUAUCUCAGCAAUCCACGGAACGCCCAGAUUGUGAUUGUCGGGGGCAGAGCUUAUCUCCAUCAAAUCUGUGAGCAGCAGAAUAGUCCCAUGUGGUAUAGUUGGUAUGGUGGCCAGGAUGAUGCCUCACUUGGAGAACCUUCUGGAACAUUGCCUCCUGCUCCUUCUUAUAGUCAAUUAGAAGUGCCACCUCCAUAUGACACGGUGCCAAGUGGUCAGACAGAUGAUUUAAAACCACCUCCAUACACAGAACAUGCUACUGGCAGUAUUGAAGAGGCUUGUGCUUUGUCUAUACCAGAGGGCUAUGAUGCUUGCAGUUUGAGUGAUGCUCCCCCUCCAUAUACUCCUAGCCCGACAGUCGAGAUAACGCAGCAGAACACUGUGAUGCUAUCGGGUACCCAGGAGUCGGACAAUGCCUCUUCAGCAGACUCGCCCUGUCAGGUCUGAAGAAAAUAAAUCCUGGGACUUCAGCGGAAUAUUACUUUUAUUUUCUUCAGAAUGGGAGGGGAAAAUCCAAAGCGCCUGAAUUUUGGUUUAUAGGUUGUUUUUUGUGUACAGUUUAAAAGACGUUUACAGAGAUGCACUACAAGGAACACAAUGUUCACUGUUUGCUGCUAGCAGCAUUAAUUUCUUUUUGUAAGCAUUUAUUGCACUUUCCAAGGAGGAGCCCAUGGUAAAAAGGAUAUUGCCACUUUUUUUUAAAAAAGAUUGUAAGCUUGCCAGAUAAUGCAAUAUGCAUGUCCCUGUACUGGGUGGGCUAAUGUUUUGGGGAGAGAACGACAUGGAUACGUGACCUGACUUUACAACUAAGGGAACUGACAGACAGCAAAUUCUGAGAUCAGUUUGGCAUCUUGACAGCUUGCAGGAGCAAUCGCGUUAUAUUGCAUUCAAAUUUAUAUCCGAGUAUGUGCAAGCCAUUCUUUGAAUUCUAUACUUUGUCUCGCUAUUGCCAAGACUUAUUAUUUAUCCCCAAGGCGGGGAAAAAUCGCUUUCAUGAUUUGAGAGACUUCAAUUUUGAAUGCACAAAAGAUAUAGAUUUUAAAGAUCUCUUUUGUCCCAGCAUUUAUUCGCUAAUUUCCAGCACAAGUGAAGUAUUUUUAAUAGUGGAAACUUUUAAAGCAUUUUAUUUGUUUUAAAUUCUUGUAAGAAGCUCCCCAUUACCUGUAACCUUGGUGUUUGAUAUAUUGACCUAAACCCUGUCUCUUAAUGCUUAUGGUGGAAGAGAUAAAGACUUUUUAUCGCCACCAUCUAAAUCCAUGGAAAUGUUUACUUUAUAGUUUGUGUGAAUUUGAGAAACUUUUGGCUGACCAGUUUAGUUGUUCGUGUAUUACAAAAGUGGGAGUUAUUGCAAAAUCUAAUUUUGGGCGACCUCUUGCUAACAGCACUAAUGUGUUAACAUUUUUCCACAUUUAAUUAUGAGACUUAAUGUUGAUAAGGUCCCCAAAUGCUAUCCCGAUCUGUGAGAUACAUGGAAUGUAUGCCAUGUUUGGCAUAGACACUAAGGGUCUGUUCCUGUGCUGUAUUGUUAUAUGUUCCAAAUGUCAAUUUAUGCACAAAGAUACAUAUCCAAUAGCUUUGCUUCAGAUUUUGAUCUUUUUGUGACUGCCUCAAUUUGUAUCAACUUUUUCUCCUUUUGUUUUGAAAAUGCUUUGAACUGGCUACUGAGAUGUGGCAAACUUUUUAAAAGGAGGUUAUUUAACAAAAUGGAUAUGUAACAUUGUUCAUGUUUAAUUUGAAUGCUUUUUAAAUCCCUCAUGACCUUCUCAAUCACUUUUGUAGAAUCAUAAUUUGGGGUGGGUAGUGCUUUUGAUUAGUUUUGUAUUUGCCGGUUGGUUCAAAUUAAAAUAGAAUUUAACAAUGUCUUUAGACCUGUGUAAAUGUUUCAGUCCAAUGUGCUGGACUUGUUGAAUUAUGUAGCUCUAAACAUCAAAUACAAUUUGCCGAUUCUGGCGAAAAAAAUCAA